UUCUUUUUCUUUUUUUUCCGCCUUUAUCUUACAUCAUGUAUCCUUAUCCUAAAAAAUACCUACUAUUUGUCCUAUGUUGUUUGUUUGCUUUCUUUUUGCUGUAUUCAAUACCUGACAGGUUCAGACAUGAAACACCGUUACUUGUCCCUACCAAAUACACGUAUCCUGCCAUGGUCAAAUAUAGCUACCAAUGGCCCGCUUCUUCCUCUGAAAAAACAUUAAAUAAACAAGACAGAUUCAAGGAAAUCGAUAGAGCCUUUUGCGGACAAGAUCGUUGCCGAUUUAUUUUGCCCAUUGCUAUUACAGAACAAGAAUCUAAAGCUCAAAUUCAUUUCAGACAACUCGCAUUCCUUGCUGGUCAACUUAACCGAACGAUCGUCUUGCCUAACUGGCUCGAUAACAACAGCCAAUAUUUCAAGUAUAUCACAAUGUCUGACUUUAAGGCCUGGAUUAUUGCUCGACACCAGGCAAAUGCUGUUCCAACAGGUCAAGAAGUCUAUAUUCAAGGCUCACAAAAAUCAAGACUGUUAAAGAAGAUCAAGAACUGUUUCCGAGACUCGUUUGAUUUCUCUCAAAGACCCAUUGUGAACUACCAGUUUCUCGACCAUCAAAAGGUCAACUUGAAUCUCAAGGAUAUUAUGUUAAGUCUAUUAAGUGACCAAGCUAGACAGCAUGAAUAUCUUUUAGAAGACAAUAUGCCUGUAGAUGUAAUUCACUUGUAUUUUGAUCGAAGAUAUAAGUUUUAUUCUACCUCACGAACCGAGGUCCCUCUGGCAUACAAUGAGCGUUGGGUGAAAGCUGCCAAUCAGAUUGCUUCACAAUUAAAGCCAUUUAUGGCGAUUCAUUGGCGCAUGGAAAGGCUAGAACCUGUUUCAAAUUUGGCACCUUGUGCUCAAGACUUGAUUGACAAGGUUCAUGCUAUUGAUAGCUAUACAAACCAUACUCACCCCAAUGUGUUUCUGUUGACGGACUAUCCUCAUUUGUUGACUACUCCAGGUGCUAAACCCGAGUCAAGUUCAUUCCAUCCCUCUCAGUUGAGACCAGAACAUCAUCAAGCUAUUCAAUACUUGUAUGAACAUUUAAACAUCACACUGACGACCAUUCAGGAUACCAAAACGCUUCCUCAAGACAUGCCUCUUAACUGGCAUAUAUUACCGAUCAAUGUUACUUUGUCUAAUUUACCUGUUGACAAGAGCGUGUUGGGUAUUGUAGAUAAAUUAGUAGCCAUGAAAGCACAAUGGUUUUUGGCAGGCAAACCUAAUGUGUGUGCUAAAUCAAGUAGUUUUACUCAGCGUAUUAGCCGUAGUCGAAACAAUGCUUUUAAACAUCACAAUCAAGAUAUAGUGGUGCCUAUUCAAUUGUUUGACAUGCCAUAUUGACAUGUGUGACCACUAUAAAUAUUUAAAGAUAGAAUUUUUUUUUUUUUAAUGUAUCAUAAAAUAACAAAUAAUUAUGCAUAAGCAUAUAAAUAAAAACGACUCUCUU